AGGCAGGGUCCGGAGGAGGAGGGGAGGGACACAAAAUCUUCUCACCGUUCGACUUUGCUCCCUUCGCAUUUUCUGCUACAAUCGGAGCCCACAAGAUGAAUUCUGUGGUGAAAUGGAUUCUCUUUCUUUUUGUCCUCGUCUCUCUUCUUUUGAAUGUUAUUCUGAUCGGAAUAUAUUCCAGCCGGGCACCCAAAUGUUCCUCUCAGCGCACGCAUUCUCUGAGAGGCAAACACGACGAGCGCAGCCGCGUGUUCGCUGAUCUCACUCGGGAUGAGUACUUGCAGGUCCAACGGUAUAUGCUCAAACAGAAAGACUUGGAUAUAUCAACGAGGCAGCUCACCAAGCCCUCCGAAAACUUUUUGUUCUUAAUCGAACUUUCGCUACCCAAAAAGGUGGAUGUGUUGUCUUACUUGGACGGGGGCGCUUCCAAGCCAGUGCGCGAAGCCACCGUGGUGGUCUUCUAUGGAUCCAAGGGCCUCAUUAAGGAGUACGUAGUAGGACCUCUUCCGAACCCCACAUACCACCAGGAUGUCACCGUGAAGAGGUACAAGACGGAGCUGCCAUUCAACGCACGCACGGUCACCAUUGGAGAGUAUGAAUUAUUGUUCCAGUUUUUGAAGAAAGAAUUGUUCGGCAAGCUGCCGGAGCUUAUGAAAGAGAGCUUCGGUGCCGACAAGAAGCUAAACCCGUUCGAGCAAAUGCCCCGCGGACUGCAAUCGGGAGACAGAAAAACCUGGGUGUCUUUCUUCAGGGACAUGAGCGGCAUGUACAUCCACCCGGUGGGUUUCGAGGUUCUCAUCAAUCACAUGAGCUUAAAUGAAUCCGAAUGGAAAGUGGAGAAACUUCUGUAUAACGGUCAGUAUUUCGACACGGUAAAAGAACUUCAACAGAAAUAUGCUGCCGGAUCUGUUAAAAGAAUCAUUUACAAGGAGACACCUGAUUAUGGUUCUCUGAAGCCCAAGAACAAGCCUCUGCAGCUUAGCCCGCUGCAGUACUACACAGAAGGAAAACGCUUUAGCGUCAGCGGUAACCACGUCCUCUACCUGGACUGGAGCUUUGCUUUUGGCUUGAGUUCCCUCACUGGCAUGCGAGUCUUCGACGUGCGCUUUAAGGGUGAGCGGAUUGCGUAUGAGCUGAGUGUACAGGAAGCAAUGUCGGUGUACGGGUCAGUGACGCCCGGAAUGAUAAUCACCAAGUUUUUGGACUCCAGCAUCGGAAUAGGCCGUUUCGCACAUGAACUUGUCCGUGGCACCGAUUGCCCCCAUGAAGCCACCUAUGUUGACACAUACCGCUACAUCGACGUAAAAUCAUCCGUUCGAGCCAGGAAUUCAAUUUGUAUAUUUGAGCACAACUUUGGGCAGCCUCUGAGGAGACACUUCUCUGACUUUUUUAGUAACAGUUAUGGAGGGAUGGUGAACAGCGCUUUGGUGUUCCGGACGAUCACUGCCAUAGGAAAUUACGAUUACAUGUGGGAUUUCAUUUUCUACCAAAGUGGAUCUGUCGAAAUCAAGGUGCACGCCACCGGAUACAUCUCGUCAUCUUAUCUGGUGAACGGCAGUUUGAAACAUGGCCACCAGGUGGCAGAAAAUGUCCUGGGGAACAUCCAUACACACUUCAUCAACUUCAAAGUGGAUCUGGACGUGUUGGGAGUGAAGAAUGUGUUCCAAACCAAAGACAUGGAGUUUGUGAAUGUGUCAGUGCCAUGGAUGCCCAAUCGCUACGCUAUGGUUCCUCAGCUGGUGGAGAAGCAACUUAAAACUGAAAAGGAGGCAGCUCUGCGUCAUGGCACAAAAACUCCUCGGUAUCUACACAUUGCAAGCAACAAAACCAACGCUUGGGGUCAUCAGCGUUCCUAUAGACUCCAAGUAAUAAGUUUCACUGGAGACCAUCUCCCAGAGAGUGAGAGAGAGGAACGAGCCAUGUCCUGGGCCAGGUAUAAAGUUGCCAUCACUAAGUAUAAAGACUUGGAGAAGACUAGCAGCAGUUUAUACAAUCAAAACAAUAUAUGGAACCCAGCAGUUGACUUCAGCAAGUACAUCGAAGACAAUGAAAACAUUGAAGAUGAGGAUUUAGUUGCCUGGGUGACCACUGGAUUUCUCCACAUCCCGCAUGCCGAAGAUAUCCCAAACACUGUUUCUGUGGGAAAUGGUGGGGGUGUCUUGCUGCGACCCCAUAACUACUUUGAUGAAGACCCUUCCAUUCACUCUGCUGAUGGGGUGUACUUCAGUCCAGGCAGUGAAGAUACCUGUGAAAACAACAGGAUGGGCUGCCUUGCUCAAGAGACCUGCAGCCCUGUGCUGGAACCCUUCACAUACAAUGGCUUUGAAACAGUCAUGAAGUUUGAGGACUGAGCAGAAAAAGACCUAGAGUACUUGUACAUUGUACAUUUUUGGGGUAGUUGUGAUACAUCAUCCAAUAAAAACCCACAUAUAUACACACACGCGCGCACACA